AUGUUCGCUAUUAUCGUUGGCGGCUCGCUAUUUAUCGUCGCGUUACUCCUGAGCCUGCGCCGCUUUAAUUCUCCGAUGCCACUGCUGAUACAGUGUAGUGCAGCAAUCAGCGCCGCCUGCCAUCCGACGACAUCUAGCAUGGACGACACCGCUGACCACGCGCUUAAACCUGUGCAGUGGGGCGAGAUUCCGGGAAUCUACUCAGAUCGAGGCCCGAUGGUUUUUUCGCAUCAGAUUGAGAGUGAUUAUGAUGCCGGUGGGGAUAGGAGUGCCAAUGAGGAGCUGCAACAGAUGCUGCCGAUCGCAGGUCCUAAUGAUUCGACUAGCACUGGUGCUGCGAUAAUGCAGCUGUAUCAUUGUACUUUUACGUCGGAGGAUGUGUGUGAACCGAGGAAAGGGCGUGUCUAUGCGUAA